CAGCCUACAACCUAGGGGCGCAGAAAAGCGAAACUCAAAUAUGUCUGUCCUCCAAUGACGGUUUCACUCAUUUCCAGCAUGGUGGUUGUCAAUAUAACGCUGUGAUCGUGUAAUUUAUUUGCGGAAGGCUCGGCGCAUCGCAUUGCGAUAUGGAAACCCUGAUCCCCAUCAUAAACAGACUGCAGGAGGUUUUCCUCACACUUGGAGCAGAGAUUAUCCAGCUUCCACAGAUCGUAGUGGUGGGAUCACAGAGCAGUGGAAAGAGUUCAGUGUUGGAGAGUUUGGUUGGACGAGACUUCUUGCCCCGAGGUUCAGGAAUAGUCACACGGCGUCCUCUAGUUCUGCAGCUUGUGAAUGUUCCCCCGCUGGAAGAGAGGAGAAAACAAGACAAUGGAAAUGGAGCUAAACAAAACUCUCAAAACAACUAUCCAGGAAUCAAAGCGGAGGAAUGGGCAAUCUUCCUACACUGCAAAAACCAGAUUUUCACAGAUUUUACUGAAAUUCGGAAAGAGAUAGAGGAGGAAACAGACCGCAGUACUAAUAAUAAGGGAAUCAGUCCAGAGCCCAUUUAUCUGAAGAUCUAUUCCCCUAAUGUUCUCAGCCUGACUUUGGUUGAUUUGCCAGGGAUCACUAAGGUUCCAGUUGGUGACCAGCCUGAGGAUAUCGAGACUCAAGUCCAGGAAAUGAUUCUGACCCACAUCUCCAACCCCAACUCUCUCAUCCUCUGUGUGUCUCCAGCAAACUCUGACCUGGCCACAUCCGAUGCACUCAAACUGGCACGUGAGGUGGACCCAGAUGGCCGUAGAACUCUGCUGGUUGUGAGUAAGCUGGAUUUAAUGGACGCGGGGACAGAUGCUCUGGAGGUUCUGUUGGGUCGGGUCAUUCCGGUCAGACUGGGCAUUAUUGGUGUGGUUAACAGGAGCCAACAUGAUUUGAACACCCAGAAGAGCCUCUGUGACUCCGGUAAGGACGAACAGGCAUUCCUGCAGCGUCAUUACCCGUCGCUUGCCUCACGCUGCGGCUCAUACUACCUGGCUCGCACCCUGAGCCGACUGCUCAUGCAUCACAUCAGGGACUGUCUCCCAGAGCUGAAGACACGAGUCACGGUGCUGACCGCCCAAUACCAGUCCCGACUCAACGGCUACGGGCAGCCUGUGGAAGACCACAGCUCCACCUUGCUUCAGAUAGUCACCAAGUUCGCCACAGACUACUGCAAUACAAUCGAAGGCACUGCCAGAUACAUUCAGACCACUGAACUGUGUGGAGGAGCUCGUAUAUGUUACAUAUUCCACGAGACGUUUGGAAGAACCUUGCAAUCCAUUGACCCACUGGGAGGUCUCACCGAACUCGAUAUCCUCACCGCCAUCCGAAAUGCUACGGGUCCUCGGCCAGCUCUGUUUGUUCCUGAGGUAAGUUUUGAGCUGCUGGUGAAGAAGCAGAUGAAGAGACUGGAGGAGCCCAGCAUGCGUUGUGUGGAGCUCGUCCACGAAGAACUACAGAGGAUCAUUCAGCACUGCUCUGCCUACAGCACACAGGAGCUUUUGCGCUUUCCCAAACUGCAUGACUCAAUAGUGGAGGUGGUGACCAGCCUGCUCAGAAAACGCCUGCCAAUUACCAAUGAGAUGGUUCACAAUCUGGUUGCGAUUGAGCUGGCUUAUAUAAACACCAAACAUCCUGAUUUCACAGACGCUGCCCAGGUGUCUGCAUCCGUCAACAGCCAGCAGGUACUGAAAUUAUCUCUGUCUCUUUCUCUCUCUCUUCAGGAACAGUGUUCGUCUUGUGCUAAUAAUAUCUCCUCACAGGUUGAUGCUGGGGAUACAGGGAAGCGUUGGAAAAAUGACAAAAUUUCAUUGGAGGACAGAGGCCCUGUGCCCGGGUUUGGAAGUCCAACCAAAGCUGUUAACCUGUUGGACACGGCUGUGCCCGCAUCCCGCAAACUGAGCGCCCGUGAACAGAGAGAUUGUGAGGUCAUUCAGCGACUCAUCAACUGCUACUUCCUGAUUGUGCGGAAGAGCAUUCAGGACAGUGUGCCAAAGACUGUGAUGCAUUUCCUGGUGAAUUAUGUGAAAGAGCAUUUGCAGAGUGAGCUGGUUGGACAACUCUACAAACAGGCACUGCUCCAGGAACUCCUCAUUGAGUCUCAGGAAACCGCUCAGCAGCGCACAGAGGUCGCACAGAUGCUGGAGGCACUUAAGAAAGCCAGCAACAUUAUCUCAGAGAUCCGAGAGACUCAUCUUUGGUAGCCAAACGUUCUCAUGAACACAUCUCAGAAAAGUGUUUACAUGUCUGUGUGAGUGUAGGUCAAACAAAUUAUAUAUAAAGACAUUCAAUGCCUCUGCCAGCAAGAACAACGUGUACAGUUUAUCUAAUCUUCUUUUUUUCUGUAUCUCACGAAUCCCAUAAUUAUGUAUUUGACAGACGUCUGUGCUUAUGUGUUUGUAGACUGGAUGUAAAAUUGUAAGCAUAUCAUGUCUAAGGCACUUUCUUCAGAUUUAUUGUUGGUAGGUUUUAGACAUUGCAUAAAAUAUUUCUUAAUUUAAAGGCCAAGACAGUUUCAUACCAAAUCCGUACUUUUAUUCAUGCAAUCUCUCUAUUCUAAGCAAUGAGCAAUAUAAUUUUUCAGAAUUUAUAAAAUUUUGUUCGUGUUAGUUGAUGCCAAUACAAUUGUAAGUUCGCUGUGCAUUUUUAAUGUCAACAGUUAAAAUAUUUGACGUUAAAAAUGUUUUGGUAAAUGCUAAUGGUCUAAUAAAUGCUUUAUUUUUUAUUGAUAGCUCAUGUUAGCUAAUGGAUAAGUUGAUUUUACACACAAAUACAACCUAUGUGUUAAGUGUUACCCAUGAUCUUUAUUUCAGAAAUGACAAAAAAUUAUUUAAUUUAUGUUUUGUCAAGGUCAGACAUUAAUUUACUUUACUAGAAUUUCUCCUUAUUUAUUAGACAUAGUCAAAUUUAAGGUUGUACGCUUCAUGAGAACUUUUCACAUACAAUCAAUUUAUACAGCCAAUAUCGACUGAGAACAAACAUUCAAGUAGUAUAUUUGAUAAUAUGAUUGAGCAAAACACAAACACAAACCUAUGAAUAAACUCCAUUGCAUUUAGGAUCUUUAAUGAGACAACAUGUGACUGACGCCUAGACAUGCAAAUAAAUGGAGACGCAGUGUAAAGAGCUGUAGAACAAAGAACCUUGAUCCCGAAAGCUCAGGGGUGCCCGAGACUUGACUGGCAUGUAAUAUUUAUGCUUGUAUGAAUAUUUAUUGUAAGAGUGAAUACGCCAGUGUCAGAGAAGGUCAGAUGAGGAACAAAGAAAUGAAAACUUUCCAUCCGAAUCGGUGCUUGAAGCAUUGACCACUAUGACGAAAAACCUUGUGCACUGAAGAGGUCUGUGGAGUUGUAGAAUAUUUGUUUCUUGUUCUGAUUGAAUUGCCAUUUAUUACUAUAUUGAACUGUGUGUGUGUGGAGGUGUAGGGGGGUGAGACUUCAAUUUCAUUUGACUUUUAUUGCUGGGUGUUGCAUUAUUAGUGGAACAUGAAUUUAGAUGUGGUGGUGCGGAGGUGCAGGAUUUGUACUUAUUUUUUGCCAAAACUUGACACUUAUUUGUCCUAAUCAGAUUAAUCAAAUUGAGAUUGAAUUUCACAUGGACCCCAAUUUUAUUGCUGUUGGUCACUAGUUGCUGACCUAAAGUAAAAAAUCAGCAGUGCAGGAUUGUCAGUCUUGUCAAUCAUAUCAAGAUAAAACUGUUUGAGAUGAGUUGGAUAACCAAUUAUCAAUGUGUGAAUAAAACUAAUUUAGGACAGUGA